AAUACCCCGGCUGUACAGGGACAUAUAAAAGCGAACAUCUUCAUCUCAUAUUCAGUUUACACUCGUGGUCAGUGAAAGAAAAAUACAAUUACAAUGAAAGUGAUCAUUGCCUUCGCCGCCCUUGUGGCCGUAGCCCUAGCCGCCCCCCAGUCUAGCGACAAAGAUGCAGUAGUAAUCAGAAGUGAUCUUGAGAACAUUGGUGUCGACGGUUACAACUACGCAUACGAAACCAGUAACGGCAUCGCCGCCCAAGAAACAGGCCAAGUAAUCAACUCCGGAGCUGAAAACGAAGCCGUAGUCGCCCGAGGACAAUUUUCCUACACUGGCCCCGAUGGUGUAGUCUACAAUGUACAAUAUACCGCUGACGAAAAUGGUUUCCAACCCGUUGGCGCCCACAUUCCAGCGUAGGCGGUUUAGGAUAGAUAGAAAAUGAAA